AUGGAUGAGACCAUAUCACAAGGCAUUAUUCCUGAGAUAGGAAUGGAGUUCGAAACAGAAGUUGAAGCAUAUGAUGUCUAUAUGAAAUAUGCUAAGGCAACAUGUUUCGGAACACGAAAAAAGACUGUUCAUAAAGAUCCAAUUACAGCUUUAUUGUACGAUGAAACAAUUGAAACCUUUGAGUGGUUGUUUGGUGCAUUUGAAGAUGCCAUGAUGGGAAAGAGACCAAAAACCAUCUUAACAGAUCAAGAUCAAGCAAUGAGUGCCGCUUUAGCUUCCAAGUGGCUAUCAACUUACCAUCGCUUAUGUGUUUGGCAUAUUUUUCAGAAUGCAGCCAUUCAUCUUUCUAGUGUUUUUUCGAGCUUCAAGAACACAUUUGCAGCCGAUUUUAGUCGUUGUUUGUACGACUUUGAAGAAGAAUCAGAAUUUCUUGAUGCAUGGAACAAAAUGUUAGAGAAAUUCAACUUGAAAGAUAAUCAGUGGUUGGCAAGAAUGUUUUCUCUAAUGGAAAAAUGGGCAUUGGUCUAUGGAAGAAGCACAUUUUAUGCAGACAUCAUAACAACUCAACGAAGUGAGUGCAUGAAUGCAGUUGUGAAGCAUUAUGUAAAUUACAAAAACAACAUAGUUGAGGUGUUCCGUCAUUUUCAAAGGUUGAUAGAUGAUCGUCGGGAGAAGGAAUCUAUAGAAGAUUUCAAAAAUGCUCAAAGUUCUCCUGUUAUGACAUUUCCAUUAGAAAUUUUAAAGCAUGCUGCUAUAGUAUAUACACAUAAGAUGUUUGCAUUGUUCAGUGAAGAGUUGAGGAAGGCAUUUGAAAGCAAGAUCGAGAGUAAGAAUCAACUUGGAAGUUGA